UGCGUCCCGCGGGGCGGAAGGGCCGCGCUCUCGCGAGAUGGCGGCGGCCGGGCCGGGCCGGGCCGGAAGGAGGCGCACAUUUAAAGGCGGCGGCGGCGGGAAGGGGCGGUGGCGCAGUGUGGCUGGGAAACUGGCAGAAAAUGUCACCUGGAAAAGUUCUGCAACCUGCAGUGAAUAUGAAGGUGAAGGAACUCUUUUGGUACUGGUUUAGUCAGCCUGUAACUCAACUAACACUAAACGACCGCUUGAGAAGAAUCAAGAAUAAGGAGAAAACAGAGUUUGGUAACACAGACUCAAGAAACAGUAAAAAUAAGAGCUUCACCAGUAAAAAUUCCAAUUCCAAGCAGUGCAUAUUAGGAGAUACCAGAUUGCCUUUGUCCUUGAGUCCUCCUCAGCCUUCUACUACUCUUCCAUUGGCAACUCCAGCUAGCUCAAGGAACAUUUCUAAUGUUAGAGCAACACGUCGAUCCUCAGGAACCAAAGAAGUUCAAACAAAGAAGGAAGAAACUGUGCCACCACCACAUAGUCUAAACAUUCCAACUUUUUAUUUUCCUCGAGGAUGUCCUAAGGAAAAAGUAAAUAUAGAUGCUGUGAUUGCCAAAAUUGAGAAAACUUUUUCUGAGUUUCCAAAUGAAAGAGCAACGUUAGAAGACAUGGGUAAAGUUGCAAAGGCUUGUGAGUGCCCACUGUACUGGAAAGGUCCUUUGUUUUAUUGUGCUGGAGGUGAACGAACAGGAUACGUGUCAGUUCAUAAAUUUGUUGCAAUGUGGCGGAAAGUACUUCAGACCUGCUAUGAUGAUGCUGCAAAGUUUGUUCAUCUUCUGAUGAACCCUGGAUGUAACUACUUGGUGCAAGAAGACUUCAUUCCUUUUUUACAAGAUGUGGUGAAUAGUCAUCCAGGCCUUUCAUUUUUAAAAGAAGCAUCUGAAUUCCAUUCUCGGUAUAUUACAACAGUCAUACAGAGAAUAUUUUAUACAGUAAAUAGGUCCUGGUCUGGAAAAAUAACUUGUAACGAGCUCAGGAAAAGCAACUUUUUGCAGAAUGUGGCAUUAUUGGAAGAGGAAGCUGAUAUUAACCAGCUGACAGAGUACUUCUCAUAUGAACAUUUUUAUGUUAUCUAUUGCAAAUUUUGGGAGCUGGACACAGACCAUGACCUCUACAUUGAUCGGAAGGAUUUAGCUCGACAUAAUGAUUAUGCAAUUUCAAAUAGGAUGAUAGAGCGCAUCUUCUCAGGAGCAGUAACAAGAGGUAGAAAAGCACAAAAAGAUGGAAAGAUUAGCUACGCUGAUUUUGUCUGGUUUUUGAUAUCUGAAGAGGACAAGAAAACACCAACUAGCAUUGAAUACUGGUUCCGCUGCAUGGAUCUUGAUGGGGAUGGUGCUUUGUCUAUGUAUGAAUUGGAAUAUUUUUAUGAAGAACAGUGCCAGAAAUUAGAAAACAUGGCCAUAGAACCUUUGCCUUUUGAAGACUGUCUGUGCCAGAUGCUGGACCUUGUAAAGCCACAACAUGAAGGAAAAAUUACUCUGCAUGAUUUAAAGCGAUGUAAGCUGACAAAUGUGUUCUUUGAUACUUUUUUCAACAUUGAAAAAUACCUUGACCAUGAACAGAAGGAUCAGUUUUCUAUGUUGCGGGAUGCUGAAGGUGAAAGUCAAGAGGUCUCUGACUGGGAGAAAUAUGCUGCUGAAGAGUAUGAUAUCUUGGUAGCAGAAGAGGCAGCAAAUGACCAGUGGAACGAUGGGUAUGAAGCAGAGCUGAAUCCUGUAGACCAUCAGAAGGCCAGUGUUCUAAAAUAUCAAAUGGAGAAAAGACCAUUUUUUGAAAUGCCUUCCCAUCUGGCUGAUGUAGACUUGGAUGAAUAUGACUAUGAUGAGGAUUUUGAAUAGAGGUUACUUAUGGUCAGCAUUUGCAGAAGAGAAGGGACAGUCUGCAGCAGGUCUGCUACACACUGAUAGGUUUCAGUGGGGUUUCUUUCCCCACUGAAACAUAUCAGUGGGGAAAGAAACACUUUCUUUAGUUUUGUGCUAAAAAUAUCUAAUCACUACACUGCCUUUUAAGUAAAAAAAGUG